AUGAAGUACUCCGUUUUCACUCUUUUCGCCGUUGCCGCUGCCUUCGUUGCUGCCGCUCCUACCGAGAUGGUCGAGAAGCGCCAGGCUGCUUCCACUGUUCCCGUCAACGAAGCCGCCAUGACGGAUGCCAACGGCAACAUCGUUCCUUUCAACACUGCCGGCGUUUACCAGGCCAACAAGGAAGCCGGUCUCUAA